AUGAGGAAUAAUCGCCCGACUAGCAGUGCUGUUGCCCUGGAAGUCCCAUUGAGUUUGGAAAUGCUCACAACUGGACAGUUUGACGGCCAAGCCAGCUUUGAUGUGGUGAUCGGGAACCUGAAGGUGGCCACGCAGUACCGUGUCAGUGUGGGGGCGUACGGCUGGGCAGAGAGGUUAAGUCCACCGCUGGACAUUCAGCUGGAGACGGUGAACUGCACUGCAUUCAGUGUCCGGUGGAAAAUGCCCCGUAGACACGUCAGCACUAUCACUGGCUACAAGGGACAGUUUGACGGCCAAGCCAGCUUUGAUGUGGUGAUCGGGAACCUGAAGGUGGCCACGCAGUACCGUGUCAGUGUGGGGGCGUACGGCUGGGCAGGGGAGGGCCGACCCAGCAUGCCCCGGGACAUCAGCACUGGCUCUCUUGAAAAGUGCAUGCCUCCUGCACCUCCGACCCAGCCUAAAGUGGUCCCAGUGUCAGACACAGAACUGGCGUUGUCAUGGCAGCAUGGAGAGAGUGAAGGAAGUGCACCUGUGCUAUACUUCCUUGUGGCGUAUAUCAGACCGGAGAUGGACACUGAGUGGACGCACAUCAGAGAGCCAGUAGAGUCGAACUCUAUGGUGCUCAAGGGUCUGAUUCCUGAGACGGAGUACCAGUUUAUCAUCAGAGCUGUGAACGCACACGGCAUCAGCCCUCCCAGUGCCAUCAACAACCCCGUGCACACUCUCGGUUCAGCAGAUAUAGGCAGUGGAGACUAUGACGUCUACAUCUCAAACUCUGACAGUAAAGAUGAGGACGGCUUUGAAAUCGAUGACUCAGAUUAUGACGUCUUCAUUGAGGAGAUAAAGUCGUUAACUAGCAGUAAGAAAAGCGGCAGACGGUCUCAGCUCCGCACCCGCGUCGGGACUCCCAGAAACGGAAAUGUUAUUUAUAGGAUGCGUACACCUGUUUCCCAAAAUAUCAGCUUCACUCCAACAGCAGCGGCAGCAUGGACCACAUCAACAACUCCUGUAACCACAACAACGCUCACUAGCUCCGCCUCCAGGACAACCACCACACCUGUUAUACUGACAGGCUCCGCCCCCACCACGCCUUCUCCCAGUCCGUCAAUGACGCCGUGGAAAGGGCAAAGACCCCGGGUCUAUGAUGUACCAUGUGACGAGACGGUCUGCCCCCCCGACAGCUUCUGCAUCAACGAUUACGACACUGGAGGCUCUCGAUGUCACUGCAACCUCGGUCACCAGGGAGACUUCUGCUCAGAAGGUUCAGCAGAUAUAGGCAGUGGAGACUAUGACGUCUACAUCUCAAACUCUGACAGUAAAGAUGAGGACGGCUUUGAAAUCGAUGACUCAGAUUAUGACGUCUUCAUUGAGGAGAUAAAGUCGUUAACUAGCAGUAAGAAAAGCGGCAGACGGUCUCAGCUCCGCACCCGCGUCGGGACUCCCAGAAACGGAAAUGUUAUUUAUAGGAUGCGUACACCUGUUUCCCAAAAUAUCAGCUUCACUCCAACAGCAGCGGCAGCAUGGACCACAUCAACAACUCCUGUAACCACAACAACGCUCACUAGCUCCGCCUCCAGGACAACCACCACACCUGUUAUACUGACAGGCUCCGCCCCCACCACGCCUUCUCCCAGUCCGUCAAUGACGCCGUGGAAAGGGCAAAGACCCCGGGUCUAUGAUGUACCAUGUGACGAGACGGUCUGCCCCCCCGACAGCUUCUGCAUCAACGAUUACGACACUGGAGGCUCUCGAUGUCACUGCAACCUCGGUCACCAGGGAGACUUCUGCUCAGAAGGUCUGACGGUAAAUUUCCCAAAGUUCUAUGGCUACUCCCACAUGACGUUUGAACCUCUUAAAAACUCUUACCAGAGCUUCCAGAUCAGCCUGGAGUUUAAGGCAGAGGUUGAGGAUGGAUUGCUGUUGUAUUGUGGAGAGAAUGAACACGGUAGAGGAGAUUUCACCUCCCUGGCCCUCGUACGGGGAAUACUACAUUACAGGUUUAACUGCGGUACGGGUGCAGCUCAGAUUGUAAGUGACAGCUCCAUUGUGAUUGGACAGUGGCACACGGUCACAAUAUUUAGAGACGGCAUGAAUGGCUGGCUGAGAUUAGACAAUGACACACCGGUGUCAGGCCGUUCUCAGGGUCAGUACACUAAAAUAACGUUCCGCACGCCUUUGUUUUUGGGCGGAGCUCCGAAUGCCUAUUGGCUGGUGAGGGCGGUGGGCACCAAUCGCGGCUUUCAGGGCUGCAUGCAGAGUCUGACUGUCAACAGUAAAGCCAUUGACAUCCGACCCUGGCCUAAAGGAAAUGCACUGAGCGGAGCAGACAUCGGCGAGUGCAGCAACAGUGUGUGUGAGAAGGUCACCUGUGCUAAUGGAGGAAUCUGCUUUGCCAACCGUGCGGACGGCUUCAUCUGCCUGUGUCCUCUGGGCUAUAAGGGCUUCCUCUGUGAGGAGAGUUUCCUGUUGUCUCUACCCCAGUUUAACGAGAGCAUGUACUCGUACGCCAGCGCCCCCUGGCCUCAGCCCUCCCACAACUACCUGUCCUUCAUGGAGUUCGAGAUGACCUUCCAGCCGACCAAUCCCGACGGCACGCUGCUCUACACUGAUGAUGCGGCCAGUCGUGACUUCCUGUCAAUCAGCCUGGUGGGCGGAUAUGUGGAGUUUCGCUUCGACUGCGGCUCGGGUGCCACAGUUAUCAGGAGUGAGGAGGCCGUCGCUAUGGACGUGUGGCACGAGUUGCGUGUCUCUCGUACAGCAAAAAAUGGCAUCUUACAGGCAGACAACCAGAGACCAGUGGAAGGCAUGGCAGAGGGUGCAUUUACACAGAUAAAAUGUAGUUCUCCUCUCUAUAUUGGAGGAGUUCCUAAUUAUGAUAUUACUAAGAUGAGCGCUGGCGUCCUGAGACCCUUCAGUGGAACUGUGCAGAAGAUCACUCUGAAUGACCGCACUAUAGAGCUAAAUCCCGGUCAGGCUUUUGGGGUGAACGUGUUGAACGCAGAUCACCCGUGUGUGGAGAACCCAUGUGCUAAUGGAGGAACAUGCAGGCCGAAGUGGGACAGAUACGACUGUGACUGUGCGCUUGGGUAUGAUGGGAAACACUGUCAGAAAGAAUGUGGGAAUUAUUGCUUAAACACUGUCACUGAAUCUAUUGAGAUCCCUCAGUUCACUGGACGCAGCUAUCUGACAUACGACAACAGAGAUAUCCUCAAAAGGGUAUCAGGUUCCAGAACAAACAUGUUCAUGCGUUUUAAGAGCACGUCUAAAGAUGGUCUUUUACUGUGGCGGGGGGACAGUCCAAUGAGAGCCAACAGUGACUACCUGUCUCUCGGCCUUCAAGACGGAGCGCUCAUUUUCAGUUAUAAUCUUGGUAGCGGAGCCGGCACUGUGGUCAUUAAUGGCACAUUUAGUGAUGGCAAAUGGCACAGAGUGAAGGCUGUCAGGGAUGGACAGUCUGGUAAACUAACCGUUGAUGAUUACGGAGCUAAAACAGGCAGAUCUCCUGGAAAGAUGAGACAGCUAAACAUCAAUGGUGACCUUUACAUUGGGGGGAUGAAGGAGAUCGCGUUGCACACUAACAGGCAGUACAUGCGAGGUUUAGUGGGAUGCAUUUCUCAUUUCACUCUGGCCACAGACUACCAUCUGUCUCUGGUUGAUGAUGCAGCUGACGGCAAGAACAUCAACACCUGCACCAACUGAACACCUCAAAAACACCAGCUACAGAUCGUGACCAUCAGUAUCUGUGAUCCAAGAACAACAUCAUCAAAAUAACAACAAUAUCAGGAACACCAACAUCACUGACCUCAGCUGAGAAGCAACAAAUACAUUAGCAGUUGCAGCCAAAAUUUAUAUAUGCCCCAUUCAACACUUCAAAAUGAUCAUAGUUAGUCAACAAUAAGCUAUAACGUAAUAAAAGAGCCAAACCUACAGCAUUUAGCUUGGAACAUUGUAUAUGUGGUGAGAUGAGGAUGAAAGUGUUUUCUUGUGAACCUUCCAUUAUACACCAAAUUCCUGCACCAACAGCAAGAGUUGGGCUUUUUUUUUUGUUUAGCUUCUGCACUCAGUGUAAUAACAAAACGGUUUUCAAACAUGUAGUUGAAUCACAGUAAAUAAAUGUUGUAGUAUUUCAUAAGCGAGCAUGCAUAUAUUUGAAGGCAAGCCCAGCUCAGAGGUUGUUUGUCCAUCAUGCAAUAUUUGAUCUUUUAAAGCAUACUAAACAUAUUUAUAUUGUUUUCAAAUCUACAAGCCCUUUUUAUGGCACUUACUGUAUGGUUCUGCAACCAGUUCUUGUCCUUAGUCAGAUGGGUCCUCUUGUAUUAUUCUCUUCAAGGGCAAAGUUGAGGGACAAAUGUAUUUAUAUAAUUAUUGUUUUUUUUUAUACUAUUAAUUUUGAAU